UUGAGUUGAUCUGCUGCUGCUUGGUUAGCGCAUACGGGGCUUUAAGCUGCACAACAGUGAGAGGGAGAGAGAGAGAGAGCUCCGGAGAGGAGGAGAGGAGAGGGCUGAGCUAACCCACAACAAGCACCACCACGGCCAUCGCAGGUAGGCAGACUGACAGACGUCAGGACGGAUACACGGGUGGGGGCUGUGCUCGGCGGCUCGGCGGCAGGCUGGUGGAAGAUGUCGUCAGGAGCCGGUGGGAGGGGCGGAAGGCGGCUCAGGGGAACAGCUAGCAGUGGGGGUGGAGGUGGGAGAGGAGGGGCCGGGGAAGCAGAGGAGGGUCCUGUGGGGAUCCCCUUCCCUGAACACAGCGCCGACAUCCUGGGGAGCCUGAACAAGCAGCGCCUCAGUGGACUGCUGUGCGAUGUGCUCCUGGUCUCCCAAGAAAGGGAGUUCCCGGCUCACCGCUCCGUCCUGGCCUCCUGCAGCUCGUACUUCCAUAAGCUUUUCACUUCGGGAGCUGCUGCCGACCAACAGAACAUCUACAACAUCGACUUUGUGGCAGCAGAGGCCCUGGGAGCAUUGCUGGACUUUGCCUACACGGCCACUUUAACAGUCAGUCACAGCAGUGUGGCUGAUAUCCUUGAUGCUGCACGCCUCCUGGAAAUCUCACCUGUCCAUGAAGUCUGUACACACCUGCUGGACACCAAAGUGCUCUCCCCGCCGGCGGGCUGUGAGCGACGGGAUGAAGAGGUAGAUGAGGAGGGAAAAGGCAGAGGAGUUCGAGAGCAGGGGAACCGGGCGCGGGCCCGGGAGUACCUGGAGUACUUCCAGAGAGGGGCGCACUUCAGCAGCAGCUGCAGCACGCCAGAGCUCAGGGAUCUGCCCACACACCUGCACUUUAACCAUGGCAAUGGGGGCGUCCCCAGCAAUGGGGCUCCCGCUGGCCCUGGUGAGUACUACUCCCCCCUGGCCCUUGCUUUGUCCCAAGCCACUACCCAAGAACCAGAGGAAGAAGACGAGGAUGAAGAUGAAGAUGAGGAUGGCGAGGCGGCGGCGCAGGGCAACGGUGCAGGCCUGGGGACACCAUACUACCCUCCGUCUCAAAACGGGCACUUCUACCUGCCUUCUGAGUCGAGGUUGGGUCAGGAGACAGAAGUGGAGGACAGUGGUAGGGAAGCCAUGGCGAGGGAGCGGGGUUCAGCCAGCGCCCUCCUACAGCAGAUGAUGGACUCCAUUGAGAGGCAGAAGGAGCGUGCAAUGACCGGGGAGGAACCAGGAGAUGGGGACGACCCCGACAUGGAAUUUUACUUGAAUUACUUUAGCAGCACACAGCAUGAGGAUCCAGCUUCUGCUGCUGUGACACAGGGAGUGCCGUCGCUCUGGUUACCACGAGGCACCACAGGCCAAGAAAGAGUAGCAGGAGAGAGGGGGGUUGGAGAGCGAGCUAGUGGCGGUGGAGGAGCUGGAGGAGAGAGGAAGAUGCGCUCUAAGGCCUUCCAGAAGUGCCCCAUAUGCUCCAAGGUCAUUCAAGGAGCAGGCAAGCUACCCCGCCACAUCAGAACGCACACGGGAGAGAAACCCUAUGAGUGCGCCAUCUGCAAAGUGCGCUUUACCAGGCAAGACAAGCUCAAGGUUCAUAUGCGGAAACAUACAGGAGAGAAGCCUUACCUGUGCACACAGUGUGGAGCAGCGUUUGCUCACAACUACGACCUGAAGAACCACAUGCGUGUACACACUGGCCUGCGCCCCUAUCAGUGCUCAAGCUGCUUUAAGACGUUUGUGCGCUCGGAUCACCUGCACCGCCACCUCAAGAAAGAUGGCUGCAACGGUAUCCCCUCUCGUCGAGGCCGAAAACCUCGGGUGAGAGAGCCUGGGCUUCUGGAGCCCCCACUGGGCUUGUUGAGCCCCGGCUCCGAAACAGGCAUGGGGCCUCGUACCAUCAAGGGACGGCGGCGCUCUGAUGCAAACUUAGCAGCGGAGGUAGAGGGUGCUGCUGAAGCACAUGCACAGAGUCCUCAGCUGCAGGAGCUGGCAGGGGAGCCAGGGCCCUGAUACUACAGGGGUGACAAGGACACUGCUGGACACUGUAGUCACUCUGCACCGCCUGUGAGACAGGUCUGUGAACAGAGGAGGAAAAAAAACAUGCAAAGGCAAUUUAGAAAAAAAAAAAACAACAAAACAACUAACUAUUCCUCUAUAAACCAAAUCAGGGUGUCACAAAAAUCUAAUCUUUAUAUUUCUUUCUCCUAUUACUUUAAGAAAUGGAGUAGACUUGCAAGCACUUGAGUUGUUUUAUUUGUUAAAGAGCAAAGAACGCUUCAAAUCAUGCACCCAUGACGUCCACUUUCUGGGCCAUUUGUUUCUUUGUAAUAUUUGGGGUUUUAUACAUUGGCAUAUGUGCUUAGGCAAAUGUAUGAUAGAUAGAAAGAAACUCUGAGCAACUAUGCAGUUAAUUUAGAUUUUUAUUGGUUUUGUCCUCACAGCCUUCAAGCUCUGAGAAAGGUGUCUGUCAAGCACCUUCUGGCUGCUGUACGGGUGAAGCGAGGACAAAUCCUCCCAGUGAAAACAACUCUUUUUCUAUUCUUUUGCAGUCUGAAAUGUACAGUUACCAUAGAAACAACAAUAUGGCAUAUGCAAGAAAAACUCACCACAGUUUUGAUGCAACAGUUUUCUCUCUCUAAAUGUUCCAGAAAGAAUCAGGCAAGGGUUUGAUUGAAGUGUUACUUACUCUAUAAAAUGAAUUUUAGGAAUCUAUGGUUUGUCUUAUUGAACAACAAAUUUGCAAUGAGUCGAAUCCACUUUAUUGGGGGCUCACCAAUUGCAGGACUAGGGAAUAUGAGGGGUGAAGGGUUUGUGUUUUUAAAGCACUACCAUUGUCAAUGUAUCUGUUGGCUUUACUACGUUGCCUCUUAUCCCUCACAACCCUGCAAUGUCAGCAUAUUUGUUUUUCCUAUUUGAUUUUGUCUUAAUUUUUUUGUCGUUCCUAUUUGUUGACUGCUUUGGGUACUUGACACUUUAUAAUUGUAUACAUGUAUAUACAGCAGGUGGUGAUAUGACAUUGGACCCCUCUUAAUGCUGAGGUGUACUUACCAAUCGCGUUUUUUCCUCUUAGGCUUGAUGUCAUAUUUCUCACAGAGUGAAGCUCAUGGGUGAACGAAACAAACUGUAUGAAUGUUCAACGUCAAAAAAAAAAAGAAACAUUGUGUCACCCAUUUGUCCUAAACUUAACACUUGACAUGUAUAGUUCCUGCCCAAAGGAUGAGGAGGUCGAAUGAAUGAAUGUGCUUAACUUUUGUGCAGUUUUUCGGAAUCUGUCCUUGUGUGACAAGGCGCGGGUAGCAUUUAACCAACCGCAGGUUAAAGGAUUGGCAGGGAGCCCAAGUGAGAGAGUGACAAACAGUACGACGGAGAGAUAGAUGAGCACCUUUUUUUCUAUGUUUGCACAGCUUUACUAAAGAUAUCCAACAGAAAGAGAGCGAGAGAAGGAGAGGUAUAUAUAAAGGAAGUGGGUUGGUGUUGUGGAGGUUUGUGGAUCAAGCUUAUUCCAAUCUUUUUGCCCUAGGGACCACACAACCGUACGGUAACCUGUAUGAUGAAGAGAGCAAUAAAUACCUGUCCAAAUUGGGAGGCCAAAUAGGAGCGCAGCUGCAGCUGGUUGAUGGGGGAGGGGAACGAGGGGAAGGGGAGGGGGAUCUCACAAUGUCUGUUGCAUUCCAAAAAAUAAUCUCCCCCAGCUCAGCCACGUUUCCAGGCAGGAGGGGAUCAAAUCAGGCCUUUUCUCUCCCUCUCUCUCCCCCUGUGUAGUCCUCUAAUGCCCCCGAACCAGCCUGGAGGGGAUAUUAUUAUAUUAGAGCCUGGUGUUACUGUGGAGAGGACGCCUGGUGCUGGCAGUUUAGUGUGCAAAAGUGUUUACAUGUACGUGUGUUUGCGUGCAUAUGUGUGCGUGGCAGCCAGGGUCCCUCUGGCCACAUCAUCAGUGUGUGAGUCAGCCACAGCCUGUUCAAACAUGCACCCUGAGCUGACAGCCCUAGUGCACUUUCUCUCUCACACGCACACACACACACACACACACACACACCCUCAGACUUGCUGGGUCCAGGUAUCCUCUAGAGAAGGGGGAAAACACCAGAUCUGACAUAUCGGUUUCAGUUUUGUCCGUGACUCCGUACAUCUGAAUAUUUCAGUCUUAAAUUAUUCAUGUAAUGUUAAUAAUCUCUAAAUGCAAUGUUAUUUUCCAUACAACUACAUUCAGCAUUUAAGACAAGAGACGAUGCGUGAGAUGCAGAAAUCCCCUUUCAUCAGCCCGCAAUUUUUUUUUUUUUUUGCAGUAGUGCUGUAGAUGAGCUAUCAAUCAUUUAGCACCUUAAUUGGAUCGAAGCAGGUUAUGAAUGCACUUUGUUACUGAGAUGGGCACUUUUGUCAACAAAACGGGUACUAUGAAACAAACCAGUUGCAAUUGAGAUCAUUCCAUUUAAUUUCAGUCCACAGUGGAGAUGUUGACCUCCUUCUCUGGUUUUGUUCAGGUUUUGACGACAAGCUGCCAAAAAAUUAAGCAAAAAACUUCAUAGGUAAUCAAACGAGUAAUAUACGAGUUUAAAUCUCUGCAGGAGAGGCCUAUAAGCAUGUUGGGUUUUGUGACCUAAACUAAAAAAAAAAUAAUAAUAAUCAAUCCAUGUAACUGAAAGCACUUGAAAUUAGCUGUAAAAAGAAAUCUAGUGAUUGUCUUUGUGUCUUAAUGUAAAGUAAUGGGUUAGAAGGCAGAGGCAUACAAAGAAGAGAGGGCACUGUGUGUGCGAAUGGAUGGAUGCUUUUUUUGGGGGGGAGGUGGGGGGGGGCAUAUGUGCACAAGCAUGCACUGCUGGCUGGCAGGUUGGAGGGUCUUAGGACUACUCUGGAUAAACAAACUUUGUGUCUGGCCCAUCUGUUCACCAGCUACUCUCAUAACUACACGUGUUCUCAGAGGAACUACAGUUAUAACAGGUCCGUGCUACCGCUGGAGCAAAAAUACCAUAUUGUAAAACAACCCAUUGGACAGUUGCUUGUUUACUUCAUAGCGCUCUUGGUGCACAUUUGCAUCACUCUUUGUUUACCCUUGUUGGUCAUUGUCAGGGCUGGCAAGGUCUUGAGAGUUUCAGUUUCUAUUUUUGCUUCUUCGUUAUGAUAAAGAUGGGGUUUAUUAUUGCACAGUUUGACUCCUACAGACAGACCAGUGUAUGCUGGGUAAUAUAAUGUCUACUCAGUUUGUGUACAGUGGUACUUGGCUUCAAUUGCUUACACCCACUUUGUCUUUUGGCAGAAUUUUACCUGUCGAACCUGAGAGCCAUCUUAUACUUAAAUCUUAAUAUAUUUCCCCAAAUGUCUUAUGUUGUGUGUUGAUUAACCAAAGCUUUUUGGCCUCCAUUAAGUCUGUUGUCGACUAGAUAUAUGGAAAGUACAUGUAUAAUUCAUCCAGACUGGGCCUCCAUGACUAAGCCACACACAGGUGCCCUCCUCUCAAAUACAUAUGCAGAAAUGUGUGUGGGAUCGUACAAAUAUUUACUUGAGUUUUGCUUUCUCUCACUAUUUGUGUCCUUGUGAGGAAUGAAAUCAGAGGUCUAAGGAUGUGUAGCUUCUACACCUGCUUUUCUUAAAAUGAUGUGUUGUGCUACAGCUGUUUUUUUCCAUGGCUGUGUGUGUGUGUGUGUGUGUGUGUGCAUGUGUGCGUGCAUGUUUGGGGGGCUGGGCUUAUGUUUUUGGGAUGCUGUGCCAGGUGGGUGGGGUAAAUGGGUGCUUGGGGGGGGGGGGGUUAUGGAUAAAAGCCUGAUAGCACUGGAAAUGGUGCUUUAGCUGAGAGAGCAAAAGUUUGCACUAAUGUUAAUUGUCCUUGUCCUGCUUAUUAAGGACAGGAGACCUCAGAAAGGCCGGCGAGUUUUCAUGAGCACAGAGCUAAUACUCAAUGGUCUCAAGAGUCCAUCCAUCCCCUCCAUAGAAAUAAUCAUGUAUAGUGUAUUAAGGAAUACAGACGUCCAGCAACAACAAAUACCAAAGGAGAAAAAAAAAAACAUGGCUUUCAUUCAAGUCACUGGGCAUUGUAAGCUACUAAUUUAAUGUUGGAUUAAUGGAGUUUUACUAUUUGAACUGAAGGCUCUUGAAAAGAGAUUCCGGAUGUACUUUGUAAUGGAAGUAAACUAUAUUUGCUCUUUACAAUAAGAAAUAAUCCAUGAAUAAGACAUUUAGACAAACAGCAAUGCAUUUGAUAUUUGACUGUCUUGAUCUGAUGAUGGAGAUGUAUUGUGUGAAGUUGCCAGAGAUGAUGAUUCCAGUUUUUUUUUUCCUUAAAGUCAAACAUGAGAGCUCCCUCUUGUGUUAAGUUCACUGAUGAAUAAUGAUGAAACAUGAUGUUGCUUUGAAACACUGUUCUCUGAUCACUGCUGAAUUGGAUGAUUUCAGUUUUUCUGCAAACUGAAUCUAAAUGUUCUCUUAUUGUAACAGACUCUAUUGUGGCCUUGUCUGGGUGUAGCACUAAGCUUGUUGUGUUGUAUGUCUUUCAGUCAGUCAUAUUGUACAGUUUGGGGCUGAGGCUCACUUACACCAGGUGCACAAUGCAGCAUCGAGGGCCACAGCGUGCCUUACGUGGAACGGGACUGACAAAAACCUUUUUUAAACUAUUAGUGCAUGUUUUACCACAUUUUGGUCCAAAUUGCUGUUUGGCUUUGUACUAAAAUAAUCUUUUGCAAGUUUUACUUGAACAAAUAAUUUAACAAAAUUUUUAUUAGAGCUGUGUCUCUAUCGACCUCCAUGGAUCCGCAGUUGGUGUGUCCCCAGCCUCAGCCCCAGACCAACAUUACUCUGACACAGGCUACACUGAGACAGACAGAUCAAAUAGACCUUGAUAUGUUCUUUUCCUUUGCUAUUAUUAAAAGAAAAUUUGCUGAAUCUAUCCGAGAAGGCCAUAAAACAAAGACAAGAACAACUAUGAUAGCAAUGAUAACUGUAAAUAAUCAAACCAAGCAGGACGGGGUGACUGUUACUAUGGUGACUUGUGGCAGCAGAAACGGGGACUGAUUGCUUUGCUUUUGUCAUUUUGCUGCACACCUGAUUUUUUUUUGUGUUUUCCAUCAGGCUGUUGAUGCACAGCAAGCUGAGCGCAGCAUAUGCAGUACGGCACUAUGCGCAGCGUGGCUCUGGCACUUGCACAGACAGCCCUGGGUCCUUCAGAGAGGCUGGCUGCUGUCUGUUGGCUGCUCUCAGCCAAGAGGGGACAGUUUGCACUUGGAGUCUUUCUCAGUCUCUGGGGAUGCAAAGGCUGGCAUACAGCGCGUAGGAUUAAAUACGGGUGGCAGGCCGAAUGUUGUUUUCAGGGGUGAGUUUGUGAAGCCCAGGUGAUGGACUGUUUGCUGAGAAAUGGCUCAGCAUUGCUCUUUCAAGCUGUUAGGAAUUGCAUGGCCACAAUAAGAAAUGUACCACAAAGGAGGUCGCCACAGAUUUCACAUUGGGGAAUUACAACAAUGAGAAUGUUGCUGAUCUCUUUUGUCUCUAUGUAAGUAAUACUCAGGUGGAAAAUACACUGCUAUGCAUUAGGUUUCCGUGUCUGCUCGGGUUAUGGUAUGUCUAAUCACCCUCCAUGUUACUUAUGUCUCCUUUUUCAUUCAUGUUCAUACCAAUAUCCAACAUAAUAAUUCCCAGAAAGAUAAAAACACGAACAGCUCCCAUUGUUAAGUGGCUGUGACCAACCUAUUUCUCCAUCUAAUAUUGAUCCAGAGAAUUGUUUGUUGGAGGGAGGGAAGCCACCUGGGAAUUGGUGUUAUUAGUCAGACUGUAAAAUUCUUUGAAAAGAGAGGGGUUUGGAAACGCACAGGGGAGGAAAGGGUGGGUUUCGUGUUCUCCUACUUUCUUCUCCCAUUGCUCUCCCUCUCUCUGGACUUAAAGCAUACAUCUUUGCUGUCGACUGGCCUUUGAUCAAAGAUCACACACCCUCAGCAGGGGAAUCGACGAGAGAGAGAGAGAGAGAGAGAGGAGAGAUCGGAAGAGGUGUGGAGGAUAAGAUCGUUGCAGUCUGUAGUCACCUCAACCAAUUUAGGAUACAUUCCAUAACUUCAUACUGUGAUUCCCACUUUGGAGUUUUUUGGCAGGUGUGAUGGACAUGAGAGUGAGACAGCAGGAAGAAAUGAUUAACAUUUUAUAAUGAGCUGUUUCAAAAUGCUGUCUGUCUCACCUCACCAUACCACUACUGUAUGGCAGACAUACAUGUAGAUUGACCGCUCAAAAGGCCCCUUGUUGUAGCGCUAUCAAACUGCCUUUUUCAGCUUCUGCGAUUGUAAGAAAAGCACUUUGCGAAAGGCCAUCCUGUAUUUUGUGUGCUUUUAUUUCAUGGUUAUCAAUAUUGUUAUUAUCUUGUUGUCCCUGUCUUUUUUUUGUUUUCUCAAUGCAAAUGAUUAUUUAAAAUAAUAAGGAUAUAUGAUGAAAAAAAAAAAGAGAAAACUUGAAUAUUUGGUAUCAAGAUUGAAGAUGCUCCAGCUGCCACCCCAUCUGUACACAACGAAAUGCAUCUCUGUUAAAAUACCACCACCCUACCUGUUAUGCAGCUUAUUGCAUCGUCACACAGUGAUAAUUUCGGGUGGGUGUACGGACUUCCCUCAUACUUGCGUUCACUGUCUCGGAUCUUGUUGGGAGAAAGGUCAUUUGAUCUCAUUUCUGGAGACUCUUUUUCUUGAAAAAGAAACCUGUAUAACAGUUGCAAAGCUUUCUGAGAAGGCUAGCUGUGCUGAAUGUUAAACAUGCAGUGUUGUAUCUACUGCAGAAUCUGUCUGCAAAA